UCUACUCAAAAGAAAAGAGAAGAUCACUCAAUGAAAGAAGAAGAUUUGAAAGAAUGUGAAACUCUGAUUACGAAUUUCAAACAGGAAAUUGAAUGCAAAGCAAAUCGGACUGAAGAAAUGUUUCUGAAACUUCAUUCUGUAAUCCAUCGCGAAAAAAUCAGUUUAAAACACGCGCAAAAUGAUUUUCAAACCUUUGUCGGUAUAUUAAAAGAGCUGAUUGAAUGUGAUUGUGGCGAAAACGAUUAUUCUUUUGUAACAUUAAUAAGUCAGUUUCAGGAAAAAUUUGAACCUGUUUCACUGUUAUCACAUUCCGGAAGAUUCUCAUCUGAUAUAAAAAUAAUUUUCCACUGUAUUAUUACCGAGUUGAUGGAAAGUAAUUUUUCAAAAGGAGAUCGUUUGAAUGACGCUAUUUCCAAAACACUUCGAUUUCUGAAACUUCUUUUCGGUAAAAUUAAAUGGAUUAAAGAAUUCAAACAAAUGCUUGAGUGCAACAAAAAACCAAAUAUUGUAAAAUUCUUUAAACCAGUACCAGAACUCGAAGAUCAAAUGGAAAUGACACUAUCGCACAUACUCUCUUUACUCGAAGAAACCAUUAAUGAUUGUUACACAAAUAAAAUACCCUUUGAAAAAUCGGAGUGUUCACAUAAACAAUUGAAAAAGUUAUCCAUGAUUGAGAUGUUAACAUUAGAUUCGAUGACUAUUUUAGAAAACUUACCAAAUCGUUUAGCCAAUAAUUCAUUCUUUUUAGAUAGCGAUUACCCAAUAAUAAACGGAAAGAAUUUACGUAAUCAUUUAGCGCAUGGGAAUGCUUUGGUUAGCAUUGUUUUAGGGGAUGACUGCAGAGGUAUGCUUUUAAACGCAGCAGAAAUGAGAACGAAAGAUCUGUUGAAGCCACGUCGGCAGAUAGGUAAAAAAAUAAAAAAUGAUCCACAACGCUUAAAAAUCUCUCUUGCCCAAGAUUUAUCGGUUGUUAAUGAGCAGAUAAAACUUUUUAAUGCAUUGACUGAAGGUAAAAUUGAAGAAGUGGAACACUGCCUUCGUAAAGGAGCAGAUAUGUUUGCGAGAGAUCUAUGGUCACAGACUGCUUUGCAUUUUGCUGCCAAAAGCCCUUGCCUUCAAGUAGUGAAGCAUGUGUUAAAAUUCAAUUUAGAUGUCUCGGCAGUUGAUAUUAAUUUUCAAACUCCUUUACAUGUAGCUUCAUUGAAUGGAAAUCUUGCCAUCGUGGAAUAUUUAAUCGAAGAAUUGAAGGUAUCAAUAAAUAGAAGAGAUAUACACGGAAGAACUCCAUUGCAUUUUGCAUCUAGUAAUGGUCACACCGAUGUAGUACGGUGUCUGUUAAAACAUCGAGCUGAAGUGGUAUCUAAAGAUCUUUUCGGGAAUGCUGCACUGCAUUAUGCUGUCAUUCAGAAUCAUACCAAAACUGUCAGCAUUCUUUUGGAAAUGCAACCAGAUGAUGAUGAUAACAAAACAUUUUUGGGAGUUUCGGCUUUACAUUUAGCAUCAGAGAAAGGACAUAUAAAUUUAGUUAGUACUUUAUUGAAGAAAAUAAAUGUCAAUAACGUAUCUGAGAUGUGUUUUGUUCCUGUCCAUUAUGCAGCGCUAGGAGGUCAUGUGGAUAUUGUGCAAUUUUUAAUUACAAAUGGUGCUGAUAUAAAUGCAAAAAGCUCGAAUGGAAUGAUGCCGCUCCAUUUGGCUGCAAGAAGAGGACACUACGCAGUAGUUGAUGUAUUAUUACGGAAUGGAGCAUACAGAAAUACGUCUUGCGCAGAUGGUUUGACACCUCUCUCUGUUGCUGUCAUAGAAGGUUUUAUAGCUAUAUCAAAACUUCUAAUAGAAAACCAUGCAGUUGUUGAUAGAAAUGAAAAUUCUUCGCGCAGUCCAAUCAAUUUGGCUGCUAGAUUCGGUCAUUAUGAACUUGUGAAAAUGAUGCUUCAUAAAUGUUAUGCUGGUUCUAAGAUUUCAGCUCUGCAUUGGUCAGCAUACUUCGGCCACCUAAACAUUAUCGAAUUGUUGAUAAAUGAUAGAAAUAUUUUUCAGUGUGGUGAUAGUUGCUAUACUGCAUUACAUUUGGCUGCAUAUGCAGGGCAUAUAGACAUAGUUAACUUCUUGAUUUUAAAGGGUUAUGAUGUAAAUGCAAAAUGCAACGUGAAUCAGCUUCAGGAAAAUAUUUGUUAUGAUAAAAAUCACAAUAAACGACCAUUCUUCGCAGAUUUGAAUAUCGGUGAACUCUUGCAAUUAUUCUCACGUCUUGAAAUGAGCUCUGGUCAAACAGCCCUGCAUCUAAGUUCCAUUCAGAAGCAUAAAGAUAUUGUCCGGAAUUUGCUGAAGAAUCACGCUAAUAUCUAUAACAAAGACGACACCGGAAAAACACCAUUAAGAAUAAUUAUUUCAAUGGGUAUGUCAUAUAUUCUUAUCGAGGAAAACGUACCUCUCAAUUUCAUUGAUUAUGAAGAUGAUAGUCCUUUACAAUUAGGUGCAGCUAAAGGAGAUCUUUUGUUCGUUAAAUACUGCGUUCAAAAUAAAUGUGAUAUUAAUGCUAAAAGUAGGCCGUCAGACUUAUCGGCUCUGGAGUUUGCAGUUUUAAAUGGCCAUGCAGAAAUUGUUACUUAUCUAAUCGAUUGUGGAGCUGAUGUAAAUACUGUGUCUCGUGACGGCACAACUGCUCUAAAAUUAGCAGUUCAAAGAAACAGAAAAGAUAUUGUGAGUAUAUUGAUCAAAAAUAAUGCAGAAAUUAAUGCUGAAAUAGAAAGAGAUUUUUUAUUGUCUGCCAUCACAAGUGGGCACGAAGAUAUGGUGGAAUAUUUUUUAACUAGGAAUCCCGCAUGUUGUGAAUCUGGAACUGAAUGGUAUGAAUCUCCUUUACACACCGCAGUUCUGUUCGGUCAUUUAAAUAUUGUAAAAAAGCUGUUACAGUUACAGAAAACAAAAGAUAUCAAUGCCAAGAAUGAAUUAUUUGAAACACCACUCCACACUGCAACAAUGAACAGUUAUUGUGAAAUAGCUCGGCUGCUGUUGUUAAAUGGCGCAGAUCCGAAUGUGAGAGAUCCAUUCUCUCCACUUGACAUGGCUAUUAGAAUAGGUGAUUAUGAGAUGGUAGAAACUCUAAUUAAUAAUGGUGCGAACAUUACUCAGCAAGACGCUGAUGGCAAUUCCACCAUUGAACUGGCAAUUUUUUCUAAAAAUUUAGAUAUAAUGGAAAGACUUUUGGAACGUUCGAAAUUCGACAUAAAUUUAAAAGGCCGUAGUGGUCACACCUUGCUGCAUUACGCUGCAAUCUCUGGAUCCUUACAACUGGUCAAACAUUUAGUAGCCAAAGGAGCCACUUUUAACAGUAGAGAUUCCUCGGGUGCCAAACCUAUACAUUUAGCAACAUGGGAAGGGCAUCAAGAUAUUGUGGAAUAUUUUCUAAACGAAGGAAUCGACAUUGACGACAGAGAUUUUUUAAGAUUUUGGUCUUUAUUGCACUACGCAGCGGCCGGGAAUCAGUCUGAAAUGUGCAAAGUUCUCAUUAAAUACGGUUUGAAUGUUAACUGUGUUGAUGCGAAUGGAGACACUCCUCUACACAUAGCAGUGCGUUUAGGUAACGUAGAUGUUCUACAUACUUUGCUUCAUUAUGGGGCAUAUAUACAUCUUUUUGAAGAAAAGAUUUCAAGUAUUAAAAUUUUAGCUGCUUUCAUAUUUGUUGAUAAUUUGUUUGCAGCAGCAAUGGAGAAAAAUGUCUCGAAAUUUGAAGCUCUAUUGAAAGAAGGUUUAAGACUUUCAAAACUCGGCUACGCAAACAUCAAAACCGUCGGAAACAUGACUCUUCUCCACUGUGUGUCCUGGAAGGGUUAUGAGGAGUUCGUUGACCUUCUCUUAAAAUACAAUGCGGAUCCAAAUGCAAGAUCAGAAAGUGGAUUUACGCCUCUGCAUUUUGCUGCCGCCUGCUCACAUCCAAGAAUAGUAAGAGCUUUGUUACGCAGUGGCGCCAUGUUUGAUGCUGAAAACAACUCCAAGAAAACCCCAGUCAAUUAUGCCGCAGAUAUAGACAUUAUCGAACAUUUGGAUCUCUUGAAAGUAAUGUUUUCAAAAAUUCAAAAUAAAGAAAAUUUCGUUUCGGAUCAUUUAACUGAUGCAGUUGACUUGGACACCGCAAAAACUCUAAUGAGAGCGAAAAAUUCAGACGGUAAAACUUUAACUGCUUUCGCAGUUAUAAAAAAACACCCAGAGGUUGAGAUGUUGAAAUCCAUGUUUCAGUCUGGCGUCAAUAUUCAAAUUCGAAGAGCUGAUAUUCUCUACGUGGAAGGGCGUUUAGAAGAAUCGUUACAGCAAUAUAAAAUAAUUCUGCAAAGAAGAGUCGAUCUUUUUGGAGAUGAAGAUCCAGGCGUCCUUGAUAUCCAAGAAGAUAUAUCUAAAGUCCUUUUUGAUCAGGAAAAUUAUGAUGAAGCUCAAAAUAUUAUUGAAAACGUUUACAUAAUUCGAAGAAGAAUUCUAGGUGACUGCAAUGAAGAAACUUUAGUAGCUAUGGGGAAAAUGGCACUGGUUCUUAUCAAUAAAGGAAAGAAAAAGGAAGCACUUCAAAUGUAUGAGGAUGCUGUUGGAAAACAGAAAUACAUACUAGGAUCGGAUCACGCAAAAACAAUAAAAUCUGAAAUUCACGUCGUCCAAUUAAUGUGUGAAGGAGAAACAGAAUGUGGAACGUUUUCAAAAGCUUUAAAAAUGAGCCUGGAAAUUUUAGAAAAGCUUAACAAAUCCCGCAUGGCUGCAUCUUAUAGCUCACAUUUAAAAAUACAGGUUGCCAAAUUAUUGCGGAGAUUAGGAAAACCUAAUAUGGCUCUAGACAUAUAUGAGGAAAUUUUUGAAAUCCAGAAAGAAACGUAUGGGCUAUACGAUCCUGCAACAUCAGAUACAUUGUUCCAAAUGGCUGAGAACCUUUACCUCAUAGGCGAAAAAGAACGUUCUUUGAAUGCUUUCAAAAAGACAUACGAAAUUUGGCUCCAAAUUCUUGGACCAAACAACAAAAAGACAUUGGAUUCUCGACUCUACAUGGCCCAUCUUUUAUUCUCGCAAAGGAUGUUUGACAAAGCAUUUGAAAUUUAUUCAGGGGAUCUUGAAGCAAGGACUGCUGUUUUCGGAGUUAAUCACACUGAAAUUUUAGACACUCAAGAAAGAAUGAAUUUCAUUCGGUCACAUAUUCCUUAUCAUUAGAAGACCAAUCUAAUAUGUAAAGGGAAAUAAACAAUUGCCUGAUCGUCUUAAAAUGAAACGAUAAUUGAAGCAAAUGAAAUCUAGGAAAACUUCCAUGGACUAAACCCGCACCUUUUAUUUUAUUACAUAAAAUGCUAAGAAGAAUACGAAGUUUAUAUAUGUUAAAAUAUUCAAUUCAAAUUUGGAAUAGUCCCUUCCUUUCUGCUCCAAUUUCAUUAUUGAAUCCUUUAAGUAGCUUGCGAGAGAGAAAAGAAAAUAACAUCUCUACAGAAUGUAACACAAUUUACAGCGAUUUUAUAAAACAUGCGCAGUUAUGUUUGUCAAAAGGUUGUGGCGUCAGAUCUAAUAAAUAUUGCUAAAUUGUGAAAAUAAAAUGCAAAACAAUGUGUUAAAUAUAUUUUUAAGAAGUUCUUGUGCUUAUUCUUUGGAUAACGUGCAUAAUUAGUCCAUUUUUUUGUGUUAUCUCAGAAGAAUUGUACAUCACAAUUAUUUCCCCCUUAUA